ACUACCAGAUACGUUUAUUAAAAAGAAUGUUGCUGUGGUCUGAGGACAGAAUUCUCCAUUGUGAAAUGUUUUUGUGUAUUUUAGGAUUAUUUUUUCUUUUUGAAGUGCUCAGGGUUGAUGUAGAAGAUAUCAAAGAAUGGCUGUCGAAAAGGAAAGGGUGUGUAUGGUAAUGUCAGAAACAUUAAUGGAGCAGGUCUUUUGGUCAGCAUUGAAGUUAGUGAAUACUUUUAUAUAAGCUUAGGAUGGUCAUUUAACAGUUGUUAUCUCUGGAGCUCCACAUAUCCAUAACUCACUCCCAUGAUUGAAACAACAGCUGCAGCACGUCUUUUCAAAGCAGAAUGAAACCAUUCAGUGAACAACUUUGUAGAAAUAGAUUUAGCAACCUUACUGUCUCAUUGUGAUUGGCUGGACCCAUCCAAGAUGGCGGUUAUUUUGCGGACCAUUACCCUUGGUUGUGGCUCAAGUCGUGACAGCGAUACUCCAAGGUUUCCAAAGGUCAAAUUUGGGGUUCCAUUGGACCAAGCAUUUAAAAAUGGAAUUGUCACAGAGCCCUUGGAGGAAAUCAUAGUAGUAUUGGCACGAGAAGGUGUGGCAUCAACAAACAUCUUCCGCAAGCCAGGCAAUCCCACAGAUCUCAAACGUAUUGUGAAACGAUUAGCAGAAGGAAAACAAAUCAUUACAUCAAAUUAUAAUUUUUAUACAUUAUCUUCUGUAUUGAAGAAAUUUUUGCUCAAGAUUCCUGGAGGAGUAUUUGGUGAAGAGGGAGAGGGACUUUUACUACAGGCAAUGGAAAUACCUGAUACAAUGGAAAGAUAUGAAAAGAUUCAUAAAUACUUCAUGUCCCUAAGCAAAAGCUCACAGCGCUUUCUAGCAUUAUUAUUUGGGACAUGGUUCCGUGUAGUGCAUCAUUCAGAAAUCACUGCCAUGUCUGGUGAGGCCUUAGCUCGCAGUGUAACAGGAAGUAUGUUUCACACUUGCUCAGAUGAUCCAACAAAGGUCGCAAAGGCAUCCAAAGUAAUGCAGUUCUUGAUUGAGAACUUUGCAGUCUCAAAUAUGUUUGGUGUCGAGAAUAUUCAGUAUUUCGUAGAGCGGACCAACUCAGGGAUUCAUGUGACUCAUAAGUUUAAGUAUGAAUACAAAUAUCCAUCUGAAGAAUUAGUGCCAAGAGAAAAAUCCUUGAAGUUAUUUUCGCUAGUCCUCCAGACUGAAGCCAAGAAACGGGGCUUCCAUGUUGAUAUGGAUGCAGUGACGUCAGAGCAGUUUGCGAUGACAGCAAGCGAGCUCAAGCAAAGAAGGCAGCAGACAUCAUUAUCCUCACCCCAACAACCACAGCAGCACAAAGAGACGCUCUCUGGUAGUAACAUGGGAAAAGGUGACUGUGAAAAUUGCCCUCCCACAGGACAAGGCGGGUUGGCCAAUAAACAGGUAGAGGCCGUAGAGAUCCAUACGGCACCUCCUUUAAGACGCCCUGUGUCCCAGCAGGUGGCGCCCUCUCACAGAGACCGUGCUUCUACUGCCCCUUACUUCCUGUCUCCUGUCCAGCAGAAGUACUUGCACAAUGCAACCUCCCUAUCUGCACCUGAUGUUAACAAGAGGUUCCGCCGGAAGCCAGAUGAAUCAAAAAUGCGUAAAACUUUUCAGACCAAAAGUUUGAGUCGAUUUGACAUAAUCAAAAAGAAACAAAUCCAGAGAAUGCGCCAGCGCUCGAACUGGUUUCUUGGACCCUUUAACAGCAUUAAUUUGAGCAUGGAUGGUAGUGACUUUGGGGACAGAAGUCGGGACACAUCUGUUAGCAGAGGGUUUUCAGAGACUGGUACAUCAGAUGCUGGUAUGUCAGACGUAGACAGUGUUUUUACAGAACAUGAUCAGUCAUUGGCAGAAGAGGAGGAACAGGAUACAUUUGUUGAUGAAUCUGGUGAAAACCAGCAUGUCUUUUUAAGUUUACCAGUGGAAGCCUCUUCCAGUGAUUGUCCUCUAGAACAGACAGACAUUGCACAGAUCUCUAACGGAGUUCCGGAUUUGAGUGAGGUCGAUUUCACGCAAGUUGAAGAGAGGUACUUUGUUACACAAACAUGGUUUGAGCCCAAAAAGGGGGGCAGCUGAUCUUUUGAUCUUUCUUUGGAUCAAAUGUGCUGGUGUUUUAUUGAAUAUUAACCACAGAUAAAUAACAAGAUAUGUACUUUUGAACUAUCUCUUUUAAAUAUUUGUGGAACAAUCAAACCCUUGGUCUUUCAUUAUUUUUUUGCCAGAAAGGUCAAAUAGGUUGUCUUUCAUAAUAUAAAAGCUAUAUAUAAAUGGUACUUUGUUGUUUUGCUUGCCCUAAGAAUUUGCUGACUAAAAUGAUUUAGGUUGUUUUUAAGCCAGAUAGUUUAUGAGCUGGUUCUCAUUAGACUGAUAUAACAGUAACAAUUACAUGAUGCUGAAUGGUAAACAUAAAAUGUUGAGCAGUGGAAUAUCAUCUAAAAGAAAGCAGAUGGGGAUGUUGUUGAGGGGUAAUUAAAUUUUAAACCAUGAAAUAAAUAUGAUUCAGUAUUACAAUUAACUUACAGAUGAUACUGUUUAUUAGUUGUUGCACACUGUUGCAGCAUGACAGAGCAGACAUGUUUUCCCUGAACCUUUCUAGUAACAUAUUAUAAAGGUGCAUUUUUUGAAUUGGUGUUUUAGAGUAAAUUUUUUUGACUAUCAUUACAAUUUUCCUCUAUGGAAAUCAUAGCGACCGUGAAAAAAAAACUUAGGGAAACCAAAUAUUGUCAGAUUAUGCUAAUUUUAUAAUAGAAAUAUAACAGAACUCUGAAGGAAAUAUGACACACUAUGAGACAAGUCGAGUGGGACACUAAAUCACUAUAACUUUAUAGUUGGACAGAUUUUAAGAGCUGUCAUUUUCACAAGAAGUUGAGCUUAUUUUGCUAUGUUUAGUUAUUUAUGUUUGUCAACUGUCUGUGCUGACAUGACUUUAAAUAUUGUAAAUUAUUUUAACAAUUCCAUGGGGUUUUACUCAGUGAGUGUACUGUGUUAUCAAUUUAAGAGCCUGUUUAUUUAAUGUUGACUUGCUGCUUCACAUAGUUCCUUAGUGAACCAUGCAGUUCACAUCAACAUACAGUUUUUUAUAAUUGUACAAUGUGUUGUGUGGAGAUUUGGUAGAGCAGUUACAAGUAAAACAUCUCAUGAUCGGCUUAUGCUGUUACUCUGAUGCAUUCCAGUACUUAAAUUAUAAGAAAACAAGUUAUUUAUCUAAGUAGAAGUUGUAAGGAAGUAUAUUUUGUUUUAAUCCUAAUUAUUGUAGUAAUUGAUAUUUUACAUAGAAGAUGAUUUAGAUAUUUUAGUUUAUUUUCAAAGAAACAUGUUGAAAAGAGUAUUAACACUUUUUCAACCAAAGUGUGGAAGGCCGUGGAUAAUUUUGUCCAUUUGCUUCCAAUGUGUAUUCCAUUGGUGUGCUAAAUUGAAGUUAUUUGUGUCACUGAUACUUCUGUUUUACAUUAAGAUGCCUUUGAGGUGCUCUAAGGAGAAAGAGGGGCAUCAUGAAUUAGAUUUUUGAUAUGUACAAGUUUUCUGAGAAGCAGAGACUAUUUAAGUAUCCUAGAUAUGAUAUAACAGUGAAACAAGGUAGCAAAGCAGUUAAACUGUGGCUUUUAAGUAAACAGCAAGACAGACUGUAAAGUAAAUGCUAUAGGCAGUAUGACUGUGACAUUUAAAUGGCUGGUUGUAGUCAGCCAUUGCCUUCCUUUUCAGCAGGGAUUAAAUUUUUAUCUUAUUCAAUAUUAAUCUGUUUUCAAAUUUGAUGUUUUUGCACAUUCAAAGUGAUUUUAAAGCAGUUCCACAGCAAUUUCACUGAUACACAGUGGGCACUUAUUUCUAUCAAUUUUAAAGUGAUCUAUUUAUCAAAUCAUUCAUUUAGUACUCCCAUUUGGGGUUUGUAUAUUUGGGUGCUGUUGUACAGGAAUUUGUCAUUGUAACAUUGAUUUUUAAGUAUUGGUGUAUAUACUUGUGUAAAUAUGCAUAUGUUUCUGUGUGAUAUGGUAGCUUUGUUUUAUUUUGAAUAUUUUACUGGUUGUGCAGCCUGUUUUUUCUAAUGGAACCCGAGCACUGUUUAAACAUAAUUGAACUGCAAGAUAGCUUUUUUUUUAAAAUGGUAUUUGAAUUGAUAUACAUGUGGCAUUAUUGCAAUAUGUUUGUGAUCUCGUCAUGUUCUGCUAAUUCUACUGAUGUGUUUUAAAUUAUCUUGUGCAUUGCAAAUAUAUUGAACAUAUAAAACAUGGCCCUCAUACAUUUUGAUUUUUAAAAAUGAUUUUUGUUGCUGAAGCUUUCAAUAAAGAAAUCUGUUAAAUAAAA